ACCGUGUUGCACCUGACGCACGGCUUUCUUCCAUGGAGGUUCCAGCUCAUGAACAUGCAACUCGCGCUAAAAAGCCGUGGAGCAGCACUCUGCCCGACCGCCCGCCCGCCGCGCAGAAGAUAGCAGAGGCGGAACAGCAGAUCGCUCGGUACGAGCUGGAGCUCGCCCGGCUCAAGCGCGCACGGAACAAGCUCCCGCCCGUCGGGCAUCUCCCCAUGGAGCUUCUCUUGCGCAUCAUCAGCCUUGCCUGGGUAGAGCGCGCCUUCCACGAGCCAGAUUGGCUGGUGAAGAUCACCCACAUGUGCAGCGACUGGCGCAGGCUCGCGCUGGGCGCGCCGGCGCUAUGGGCGCACGUCGGGCUAGAGAAUCCGCGGUACGUCCGGGCGGCGCUGGAGCGGAGCCGCGGGCUGCCCCUCACUGUGGUCGGCGCGCUCGAUCGGGAGCGCCCCCUCGCCGUGGAAGCAUGCAGAGCGGCCCUGGGCAGCUCAGCCGCAUCUGCGCAUUGGAUCUUUGCACAAAGCACGUAAAGCCCGGGUUGUUUAGGAAGCUGAGCGGGAGGCAGGCGCCCCUGCUCGAGUCCCUGGCGCUCUCGGUGUGCGCGGGGGUCUACGACCCGCUCCCUGUUCUAUCGGAGCUGGCAUUCCCGCGGCUCCGGACGCUAGACACGCGCGUGGGGUUGCGCGAGUGCAGGGCGUUCUUCCUCCCAUCGCUCACGUCCCUGUCCAUAGAGCGUGGCGUCGGGCCGCAGGGAACGCUCGAGCUUUUGAGCGGCCUGCCCCUUCUUGAAUGGUUAUGCGCUAGCUACGACGAAUUGCCGUCGCAGGACGAGCCU